UUUUUUUUUUUUUCUUUCUUUAUUAAUCGAAAAAUGUUCUCCAUUACUUCGCUCUUCUUUUGGAUUGGCGUAUUGGCCAUUGUUCCUUAUCUUCUUUUAGUUGCCUAUGGUGCUUAUGGCUGUCCUGAACAAAAUUUAAAACUUAAAUAUAACGCCAAGUGGGCCUUGGUCACAGGUGGCUCUUCUGGUAUUGGUGCUGCUAUUGUUCGUAAGUUUGCUAGCCAAGGUCUGAAUGUGGUCGUUGUAGCUCUUGAUGACGCAGUUUUCAGUAAAUUUAAAGAAACUAUCCAAAAGGAAUUUCCUAAUGUUGAGUUCCGUUUUGUUGGCUGUGACCUUUCUGAAGCGACUGGCGAAAGUUAUUUAGCUGCUGUCAAGGAAGCCACAUCUGAUAUUGAUGUACAAAUUUUGUGUAAUAAUGCUGGCUAUAUUACAACAGGCGGUUAUGCUGAUGUCCCUAUGAAGCGUGAACUCUCUAAUUUCCAUACCAACGUUACCUCUGGUCUUGUCUUGACUCAUCAUUUUGUUGACGAAAUGUUAAAUAAGGGUCUUCGAGGUCUUGUUACUUUUACUUCUUCUAGUGCUGGUUUUAUCCCUAAUCCCAUGUCUGCCUUAUACUCUUCCUCAAAGGUUUUCUUAACUACAUUUGCUGCUUCCCUUUCUGCUGAAUUGGCUGAAGCUAAAAUUGAUGUUCUUGUUGUGCAUCCUUCUCCUAUUGAUUCUAACUUUUAUAGCAAUGCUGGUAAAAUGUCCGCUCUUACAUCAGCCCAAAAACUUUCUUCUCCACCUUCUGUUAUUGCUGAUACCAUUUGUCGUAAUGCUGGUAAGAUUGUUGUUUCUGAUCAAGGACCUAUUACUGUUAUUAUGAAGAUUAUGAUGACAAAGGUAAUGGACUGGAAUGUCUUUGCUGAGAUUAUGAAGUUGGGUCUUCGUUUUAAUGGUGACUAUAAGGCUAUGAAGGUUGCUCGUCCCAUUAAGAAAGAUAACUAAGAUAAAGAAAAGGAGGGAUAUAGACACAUAUAUCUAUGUACAGUCUUCUAUUUCAACAGCUCUGCUGGUUAUUAUUAUUAUUAUUUUUUCCCUGAUUGUGCAUUUACCUUUCUUAUUCGAAUUGUAUGUCUUUAAUAGUUAACAGCUGUUUCUCGAAUUCAGUUUUUAGAUUUACUUUGAGUUUUGGUGACUUGCAUAAAACUUAACUCCCUCACAAAAAUUAGACUUACAUGUUGUGAGCAUAACAGACUCACUUUUAAAUAGUGAAAGAGGGCUUAUUCGUCUAUCGAAAAAGCUUUAUUUCGUUGUAAUAAUCAAAUAGGAUGAAUUACUUUAUUUUAUUUAGAUUAAAAUAAUUGUUAGUGUUUCAAGCUCGAAGUACAUGUUAUAAAUUAAAUCCAG